AUGGUGCUGUUCCAUGGUACUGCUGUUAGUGGUGGCGGCGUGAUCUGGACCAAGGGAAACGUGACCAUCCUUGGGGGGAAUUUUUCGGGGAACGCAGUGCCGGAAGCGGGAGGAGUAGUGCUCGCUGCGGAGGAAAGCACGGUCGUUAUUGCAGGUGGUCUCUUCCAGGGUAACGAGGCAUUGGACGGAGGCGUGGUGUUCGUGGGCGAGGGGGCGGCGGUGGAAGUGGAAGGAGGCGUUUUCGACUCGAACCUUGCUGGCAAUGGGGGCGGCGCCUUCGCUGCGGAGGAAGACGGACACAUCAGCAUCACGCAAGGAACUUUCACCAAUAACGAGGCCGACUUCGGGGGGUUUCUGUACAAGGAGGGGCCGGGAAACGCCUCCUGCACGGGUGCGAGCAUCGCGGGGCACCGCGGUGUGAACGGGGGUGCCUUGUAUGCGGUCGAGGGGCCCAAGCUGGAAUGGGGGUGCGACCUGGUGAACAACUCCGCGCUCACGGGACCUGCCAUGUGA